UGGGAUACCCAAGAAAUACUGUGAAAAAUAAAUGUGGUUGCUUAAUCUGCUGCUUGGAAAAAGACAACAGCCAGUCCAGCAUGUUCAAGCCGCCCCCCUGCUGGGCGGCCCAUGAGCCCGUCGAUAUGCUGGUUUGAUGUUGGAUGGAAAAUUAGAACCCCCCACAACAAACGGAGGGCUGGAACAGAGAGACUGGAACAGAGACAGAGAGGAUAGAAAGAGAACAACCAUCGACAGAUGGACUCUGUUGUGAUUAAAGAUGGCGUCAGUCUUCACUGCAGACUACGAAGGACUGUAUCCGAUCAGUAAAGAAGUGGUGGGAGUUGUCUGUGGUUCAGCUCAUCAGAACCACGAAGAACACAGUGUGGUACAUCAGCAGGAAGAAUUGGACUGCACAGAUAGACUCACACAGCAAUAUUCUACUCCAGUCAGUUCGUUCCUUUUGUGGGAAAUUAGACUGGCUUUCUUAUUAUUGCAGGAUAAUGCAUUAAAUAAGCUUACAAUGGAAUCGACAAUGAUAGGAUUCAGACCUGGAGGAAGCAUGAGGAUGACAAUCAAACACAAGGUAAAACAUUUACACUCAAAUCAGAAUUUUCUCUAUUGUCAUUGUAGGAACAUUUAAUCAAACUGUAAACACACAAAGAACCACAUUGAGUCAUACUGGUAAAAGAUUUAUCUUUUGUUUCUUUUGAGAUAAAGUUCUUUAAAGUUGACUCGGUGCUGCACAGAUUGACUCUUGAGAUUAUUUGCCUUAUUUCCUUUCUUAAAUGAUGUAGUUUAGUACCAGUCAGAUGGCUGUCGUGUUGCAAUAGGUGAAAAUGUGAUGUGUGUGUGUGUGUCUUUAGCCUGGAGGAAGCUGUAACAAUAGGAUACUUUUCAUGAUUCCUAUUGCUUGUAUAAAUAUUUAAAAUCCUGUGCACAGCUCACACUGUAACAUGUUUCCAGGUGUGAGCAGGCAUUGCAGUUGAUGUGAUGAGAUGGAGUGUGAAAUGUGGACUCCUGUUCACGCUGCUCUUUUUAAGUCGUUCCACUGAAUAAUGUGAUCUGAGAUGUUUUCAUGGUUUUGUGAUGUUUCAUCAGCCUUUCAUGUUGGAUUCAGUAAAACGAUUUGACUGCUUGGUGCCUGCCUGAUAUCAAAGAACAGAAACAGCCUUCUAAUCCUGCAUUUGCUCUUCUUGUCUUUGUAUUAUAAAGUCAUCGCAGUAAUGACAAGUGCAUCUAAGAAGCCCGGCAAUAUUUUAAAACCUACUGUGGAACUGAAACAGUCGUUCAAAUUGUGCCUUCCUCUAAAGCUGGUUCCCAUGUAAACCAAUUAUUGUAGUGUUGUGUGAUUCUUUCUCUUUCAAGUGUGCCAAUAUCUAUUUUAAUGGCAUAAAGUGGAUACAAAUUUGUCACUACUUAGUGUUGUUUUUAAGACUAUAACACAACAUGUAAAGGAAAUGUUUUUAGAAUAUGUCAUUUUUUGUGGAUAAUGCGAGCUGGAUAAAAAAACAGCUCUGCUUUGUUUUGAUGUUUGUAAUACAUUAAUAGCAGUGUAGGGUUUUAUAUUGUUUGCAUUUGAGAUGGUCAUUUAGAAAACUUGUGAUUUGUUUUCUGCAACCUUCUCUAUUAUUGACCCAGCACACAUUGCAAAUUGAAAUGAAAGCAAAUUGUCUAUUAGAUUAGUCUUUUUGAAUCUCUAGAUUUACAUUUCCUUGUUGAAAAAAGUUUGACAAAGGGAGCUUGAUUGCAGCACGUAACAGGAAAGGAGACUGAAGGGAUCAAGGCACCUUUGAAAGAUGUAAUCGGUGAAGUUAUCUCAUGCAGGUCGUGGCUUGAAUGAACAUUUGAAUGUUCAUUCAAACUGCUGUCCAAACUGUCCAGCAGUUUGAAACAAAUUGCUGUCCAACCUGUUUGGCCAACCCCCCUCAAAAAAACAAAACAAAACAUAUUUUCAUGUUAGUGCUUCACUUGCAGCAGUAAAAAGGCAAGAAUUCACAUUACAUCUUAUUAAUGUAACAUUUCAACACGUUACACAAAUGACAAUUAUAUUUUAGAUCAAAUAUAGACUGAAUACUGCCACUUCUCAUUAUUUUCACAUGAAGAUAUUUCAAGAAUAGAUUUAAUUUAAUAUUAAUUUGUAGUUUUAACAGCAAAUGUCACUUAACCAGGUAAAUGGCUGUGAUAGAAUCAAAAUAGAUCCAAAUUUAAUUCAGACAUUUUCAAAUUUAUGAUAUGUCUGAAAAAAUAUAAUCAUAAAGUCAACAUGAUAUAAGUCAGAUUCAGAUCAAACUAGGUAAUUCAGCCAAUUCAAAUUGCAUUACAAUACAGACAAUUUUUGAUGCCAGUUAUCACUCAGACCCCACGGAUUACUGAUCCCCUCAUCCUGAGAUUAAUUUAUUCUGAUAACAAAAAAGGUUAUAUGUCAUUCGUUGAAUGUCUCUUUUUUUAAUUGAGCUAUUUUUGUGUUAAGUGGUUAUGACCUUUUAUAGACUUUAUCGCUUAGGUUCAUAAACUGUUCAGGUUAAAAAUGUUCCAGCCAUCCUGACGUUUUGCCUACAUACAUGGGCUUGAGAUUGUUAACAAUUCUUUUAAUGCUGAUUUAUUCUGGCAUUCAACCUUUUUAGGACUUUUGCCAACAUACCUGCAUGUAGAUUACAAUCUUCAGAGUUAGAAAGUUAUGAGGGAACUCUGACAAAGACUGUGUAUUUUUGUUGCAUUUUAUGAAAAAUUUAGUUUGAACUAAAACUAAGCUCUGUGUGCUCUUUUUGUCUUUAAAGGACAAAAAGUAGCAUUUUAAUACUUGCAGAUUGAUUCACAACAUUUUCACUUGUAAGUGGUAUUUUAAUAAUAUUUGAAAAUUAGUUUAUAACAGCUUUUCUUGCACUUUUGAUUGUGUUCUCUAUUCAUGUAGAAAUGCUAGUUUUAACACUAAAAGCCAGAGAGUGAAAGAAAAGGGGGAAAUAAGUGUACCACAUGUAGCAGAACAUUUCAGAGGCAGUUUGUGCAGUGAACAGGCGAGGCGCUGUGCAUGCUCUGCUGUGCAGCCUCAGCUCCGCACAGACAUGAGAGACAGCCACGGAGAGGAGAGCGGACUGUCCUCUUUGUUGUUGGUAAAGUCCUGCGCGUCCUAACCAUGACACCGCGGGCAGAAACUGGUGUCGCUCCAGCUGCCCGAUGCGCACCGAAGCGGCCGGAGGAUCUCCACCGGAGCUUUUUCAGAGAAGCAUAACUAGAAUACUGGAUCCAACAGUUGUGCAGUGUGGGCACUGCAGGGUUCAUGGAUGCUGGGACUAUGAGCAUCAGCGACCAAAGGGGCUUCAUCUCCAACCUGGGAGGCAGCUUCACUGAGGAUGCUCCCAGACCUCCAGUUCCCGGGGAGGAAGGAGAGCUGUUGUGCGGUGACAGUCGCCAGCACGGCAACCUCACCUUCUCCUCCAAGAAUGAGGGCGCCAAAUGUGAGGCGUCUGUGGCCACGCCCAGGCGGUCAGACCUGGAUCUGGGCUACGAGCCAGAGGGCAGUGCUUCUCCAACACCACCCUACUUAAAAUGGGCAGAGUCCCUUCAUUCUCUCCUGGAUGACCAGGAUGGCAUCCUUCUGUUCGGGAAAUUUCUCAGGCAAGAGGACUGUGCGGACAUGCUGGACUUCUGGUUUGCAUGCAGUGGCUUUCGCAAACUGGAAGCCAGCGAGGCGAACGAGGAGAAGAAAGUAAAGCUGGCGAAAGCCAUCUAUAAAAAGUACAUCCAGGACAACAAUGGAAUUGUCUCCAGACAAAUCAAACCAGCUACCAAGUCUUUCAUCAAAGAUUGUUUGAUGAGGCUUCACAUUGAUCCUGCGAUGUUUGACCAGGCUCAGACUGAGAUACAGAGCAGGAUGGAGGAAAACACUUAUCCUUUGUUCCUUAAAUCUGACAUAUAUUUGGAAUACACAUGGACAGGAGGAGAGAGCCCCAAGCUGUGCAGCGACCGAAGCUCUGUUUCUGGGAAUGAAAAGGGACUGACAGGGUAUUUACCAACUCUAAAUGAAUAUGAGGGGCCAGAGGAGACUGAGCGUGACCUGACCCCAAGCAGCCAGCUCACUCAGAAGCUGUUGAUGGAGACGGUACCGCAGCAAGCUGCCAGCAGUGCAAAAUUCCAGGACAGCCAGGAGUACAGGCAUGGCCCGUGUCGAGAAUCCAUCAACUCGUACUACGUCAACAUUGGUCAUGUUCUGGCCCCAGCCACCAGUGCCAAUGACAGUGAGCAGCAGAGCAUAUCCAGUGACGCAGAGACACUUUCGCUCACAGACAGCAGUGUAAAUGGUGUUCCACCGUACCGAUACCGCAAACAGCAUCGCCGGGAGAUGCAUGAGAGUGCCAAAGCAAAUGGGCGAGUGCCACUACCUCAUUUUCCACGCACAAACCGGAUUCCAAAGGACAUACACGUGGAGCCGGAGAGGUUCGCUGCAGAGCUGAUCAAGAGGCUGGAGGGCGUCCUGAGGGAGAGGGAGGCUGAGGAGAAACUGGAGGAGAGGCUGAAAAGAGUGCGACUGCAGGAAGAAGGAGAUGAAGUGUCCUCGCCCUCAUCAUUACCCAGUCAAAGAUUCCCCCCUAGUGCUUAUUCACUGAAUUACAACCCCCGCUAUGCUGACAUCACAUACAGCAGUCCUUUUGUCCAAGAUGCUCACGAGGAAAACCCAGAGAGUAUCCUGGACGACCACGUCCAGCGGGUCAUGAAGACGCCCAUCUGCGAGUCUCCAGGAACCGGGCGCCACUCCCCCAAGUCGCGCUCUCCAGAUGGUUUCUCAGGGGUGAGAGGGGUGGCACAAUCAGGUCAGGGGAAACAUUCAGCCAGACACGGUUUGAAAGGAGAGACGAGCCAUGGGUACCACCACAAAUAUGUGCCUCACAGUCACACGACUGCGGUGGACCCUGAAGGGGCCACGCGUACACACGGCAACCCCUCCUGGAACCUGGAGACGAGCUGUUAUGGCUCAAAAUCUCGAAGCUAUGCAGAUGGCAUGACAUCUAACCCUGUGGAGCACAUAGGCUACGGCAGCAAAACUGGCCCGCAGUGUAAAAGGGCGUUCAAGAGAGGUGAAGAGGCGAGAGCUUAUGAUGUGCCAUGGCCUGCGGAGGAAGUGGAGAAAAAACAAAAAAUCCUGUUGUGGCUGAUGGAGGGACAGAAAGAAAUGGCUCAACAAAAAAGAAGCCCACAUGGGAGUGUCAGUGGGUCCAAGAGGACUGCGAACCAUGAGGGAUCUCGCCUCGGCUCCUCAGACAGAUCAGGGUCCAUGCAUUCAUGCCUCAGCGGUCAAGGGCGCAGCAACGUGCAGCCGUUUCACCCAUUCAUCCAGGACCCUACUAUGCCUCCUAACCCGGCUCCCAGCCCCCUCAUCCAACUGGAGGAAGUUUGUCGACGGCUUGAAGAGGAAAAGCUGAAGUCUGGAUCUCUGCAGCCCAAGCAGAGGUAUGUGAUGGAGGUGAUCCAAAGGGGUCGCGCAGCAGUCAGGCCUGCACCGGUCCCUCUGCUCAACGUGGUGCCCGCCGUUUCAGACAGCGAGCUCUCCGAGCCAGAACAUAAAGCCACUAAAAAGCAAUCAUGUGAGAAUAUUACUGUGGCCUACUACUUUUGCGAGGAGCUGAUACCGUACAGGACGUCUGUCAGAGGGAGGGUUGUCACAUUGGGCCAGUUCAAAGAACUUCUUACAAAGAAAGGAAACUACAGAUAUUAUUUCAAGAAGGUGAGCGAUGAGUUUGACUGUGGGGUGGUGUUCGAAGAGAUACGCGAGGAUGACGCCGUCUUGCCCAUCUUCGAGGAAAAGAUCAUCGGGAAAAUUGAAAAGGUUGACUGAUGUGAACGCCGAAGGGGAAAAAGGCAAAGCUGAAGUGGAGAGCAGAAGCUGAAGGUGAAAAGGAAGUGAGAAACAGAGAUCAGAGGAAAGUGAGACAGCAGGGAUGGUUAAGAAGUGCUGAACAGAAGACCUCAUUCACAUUUUUUGGAGUUCGAUGUAGCAUUGUAAAGUUUUCUAGACAGAUGAAGAACAAAAGGACUCCUGAAGCUGCAUAUUUUUGAUAAAGAUAGAUCAGAGGAAGCCUUUCCUAAAGUAGCAGCACUUCCAAUUUUUUAAAUGUCCAGAUGCCAGAUAUGUACAGUUUGUGUUAAAAGGGUAAUCACUUUUUUAUUAUUAUUAUUGUAUUUCAUCUACUUAAAAUGAAAUGGUUGAGUUUUAUUAAAAUGAUUCUCGGGUUAAAGUUGAUAGAAAAUCCUUUUCAAAGCCGACAUUUUUUCUUUUUUUUUGGCUUGAAUGUUUGUGAUCUUCUAAGUGCUUUUAUAUGUUAUCAGAACUUUAUUUUGAUAGGCUGCUUGUUUAUCCACAUGUUGUGAACACGUUUUCUCAGUUGAGGUUUCCUUAAUCUUACAGAUGGACUCCUCAGAAUCUUUUGGCACAGUUUGGAAGGUUUAAUGUCAUUUAAGAUAUUUAAUAGACAAUGAGAGUAAUUUCAUAUCAAAUUAAUCUAUUUAUUACAAGAAUAUCAGAACUGACUCAUUUUGUGUGAAAUAUUUCUGGUGUUCCUGGUUUGGUGUACACUGACUGGCAAUAAAGCUAGCACCAUUUUUAGGUGACUAGAUUUAUUUAUUUUUUUGCCCAAUAGCAACUAAAAGUAACAAAAGAAAUGUGAUGCAAUAAUUUCAAACUAAAAAGAAAAAUUGGAAUCCAAAUGUGAAUCUAUGCAAAAUUAUCACAAAAAGUAUUUGCCUCUUGGCAUAUUUCUUCUAAUUUUUCCCUUUUGGUCACUUUCCUUCAGAUCAUCAAAGAAAUUUGAAAGCACAACCACAGUAGAGACAAAAUGUUUUCAAAUUAUUUAUGUAAGAAACAAAAGCUCUCCAAACCAAUAUGGCGCCCUAUGCGCGGAAGCGUAAUUACCCUACAAACAUUAUAACUGGUUGUGUGACUCUUGCCAGCAAAAACUACCAUCAGUCUUUUAACUAGUAGAGAUUCUUUUAAAUAUUUUUUUGAAUCUUUGAAUAUGUAGUUACUAUUGAAUAAUAUUUUAUGCUUAAACAUUUUCAUGUUAAUGCUAUCUGUAAAACUAAAAAAGCAGCUAUUUUACUGGUAGGUUAUAAGAAGAAAAUCCCUGAAACUUUUGUUGUUUUUUUUUCCUCUUUUAUUUGCAUUUGACUUGCAGUCAGUAAUUGUCAUUAUGUUUUUUUUCCAAGAUUUCUUAAAGAAUGAACUCCAUCAUACAUAUGUUGUUGCAGUAUUUCUUUUAUUGCAACUUUAAACCUUGAAUAACUCUGUAGUCUGUAAAUCAAUGGAAAUGCAGGCUGAUUCCUAACUGGAAGCCUUCUCUGUGUGCCUGGCAGGAGUAUUUUGAUCUAUAUGUGAUAAACACAUUUUGCACCAAAGAAAAAAAAAGAUAUCCUUCCGAAUGACCCAUUUAAACGUCAUUUUACAGCAGCGCUUUAUGUCACAGUUGCUACUUUUUCGUAGUAGAAAACACACUGAAGAUCUAACCUGUUUUUAUGAUUGAGAUUUUCUUAUAAAUAUCAGCAAAGGACUGAAGAAACACUUGAUGAAGCUUGCAGAGUUACCGUUUUCCUUCUACUCGAUGAGUAAAAUGUCUCUGUCAUUUUACAUAGCCUACCAUCCUGGCCAUGUAAAGACAAUGCUAAGGAUAUUUUCUGCACUGAAAUGGCACAAAAACGAAUACUAAUGGCUCGGUGUCGGCCAAGUUUGCAAAGACAAAAUGGGGAUUCAAGGCCACCACAUUUGUUUGUUUUUUUAUUUCUUAUCAUUGCUCUGGACUCCAUAGUGAGAAAUGAGCCAUUGUAAGGAAGUGGAUUCUUAUGGCAAACAAGAACACUGGUAGACCAUGAAUGCAGAGUGCUGUAUGUGUUUUAUUGGAACACGGCAUGUUACAUUUUUUCUUUGUUUUUAAAGAUGCUGCUUUUUAGAUUACUAACUUAAAUCAAUUUAAUAUAUUUGUUGUUUAUUAGUGUCUAAUAAUUACUAAUAAUUUAUGUGGUUUCAACAUCCUCUGUUUGAGUUAUUUUUCAUCCCUUUGAAACAAAGAAUCUGUUCUGUAUGAGCUCAUCUCCUUAUUAAAUCAAUGUAAUGUAUACACUGAAUUACAGAGUGCCUUUAUUGCUGUGCUAAUGAUGUCUGCAGCCCAACGUGACACAAUUUCCUCCUUUGUUGAGAUUUUUUUCAUGUGAAUCACUUUUUUUCAACCUAUUUAUGUAAAUGUAAAUAUGUAGAAUCUAAGCUGUCAGCAGUAAGCAGCUCAGCCUUCACAUUUACUUUUUUUUUUUCUUGUUUUGUUCACUAAUUAGCAUGGUGACCAUUUUAAGGUACCAGAAUAAUAAAUUCAUGCAAUAUACCACUA